CGCUAAUUUGUAGGAGAACGGUACGAUUACUAUUAUGACAGCUAGCGAUGCAGAUAUUAGAGAGUUACAGUCUAAUGCACGGAAAGUACUCACCAGCACUAGUGAUCCUCUAGAAAAACUUAAAUGUCAAUGUCUUUUAAGAGGAGCUAAUGGUAUAUAUGGAUUUGGGAGACAGUUCCGUAUAAUGGAUGAUGACGGUAGCAAGUCGCUGUCUAAAGAAGAGUUCAAAAAAGGCUGUCAUGAUUUUGGAUGUAACUUGUCUCCUGAAGAGGUUGAUGAGCUAUUCAAAGCGUUAGACAAGGAUGGAAGUGGGACAAUAAUUUUUGACGAAUUUCUACGAGCAUUGCGACCUCCUAUGUCAGAAGCACGUAUAAAUAUCAUUAAGAAGGCGUUUGCAAAGAUGGAUAAAACUGGGGACGGGAAAAUAACGACGGACGAUUUACGCAACGUUUAUCAAGUUAAACAUGACGCCAAGUAUCAGUCUGGUAAGGCGACUGAAGAACAAGUCUUGAAAGAGUUUCUAAAGACUUUCGAAAGCGAAAAGUCCGUGGAUGGUUCUGUCACAUGGGAAGAAUUUCUUAAUUACUACAGUGGCGUAAGUGCGUCAAUAGAUUCGGAUUCUUAUUUCGAAUUGAUGAUGUGGAAAGCAUAUGGCUUAUAA